AUGCGCUUCCUCCGGCUUUCACUAGGAGUCUUUCUUCUGGUCGCGGACAGUCUCGCGGACACAUGCAAGAAUCCCCCGAUACGCAAAGAAUGGAGGCAACUGGAUCUAGACGAGCGCCGUGAUUACAUAGGCGCAGUUCUUUGUCUGGCGUCUCAACCAGCGAUAUCUGGUCUAGAGAAUGCAGCGACGCAUUUCGAUGAUUUCCAGGCUACUCAUAGUGACCAGACUCCAAGUAUCCAUUGGGUGGGUCACUUCGCCCUAUGGCAUCGAUACUUCGUUGCGAGCUAUGAAAAAGCACUUCGAGAAGAUUGUGGAUACAAAGGCGCACAACCGUACUGGAACUGGUCCUUGGAUGCCUCCUCAACAGACAAUUCCACAAUGGCUAUCUUCGAAACCGAUGUCUUCGACGCGGACCGAGGGUUCGGCGGAAAUGGCAAAUACCUCCCAGCCAACGCCACCCAGAACCCAUUCAACCUGACCGGCCGAACUGGUGGCGGAUGCGUUGAGAACGGUCCCUUUACACCGCCAGAUUUCAUGCUCGCUGUUGGACAUCAAAAAGGUCAACCGGAUUGUCUGCGUCGGGACUGGAUACCCUGGAUCAUGAAUUACUUUGCCCAAGAGAGUCUUGUGGACCAUGUCUUGGCUCAGCCGGAUUAUACAUCCUUUGCACGGGCGCUUGAAAAUCUUCCUAGCUUUACGCAGCCUAAUAUCCAUGGAAGUGCGCAUUUCGGGGUUGGAGGUGUACUUGGGACAUUGGGGAACUCGGCUCUCAGUCCUGGGGAUCCUCUGUUCUUCCUUCACCACUGCAAUCUUGAUCGCAUCUUUUGGGAGUGGCAGAAAAAGGAUCUACCAACUCGCUUCCACGAGGUGGGCGGUCCUAUUACGCCGCUUGAUUAUAGCGGGAAGAAUGUUACACUGGACUUCAAGGUCAAUAUUGGCAAGCUUGCCCCUAAUACUACGCUUGAAAGCUUGCUCAAUACUCAGGGGGUUUGUCUGCGCCCGGCGCGGGCCCAGGAUCUGCCUGACAUUGCCAAUCUCGUCGCACAGGCCAUGCUGGAGGAUGAGCUUUUAAUCUGGAUGUGUCCCAGGCGCCACGAGCACUAUGCGGAUUUCCGCUAUUCGUUUCUCCGGCGACUCAAGACACGCUUCGUCACCCCGGGUUAUGUGAUGGUUGUGGCGGUAGAACACUCCGGAGACCGUGAGCAGAUCCGUGGAUACAGUGGGUGGGAGAGACUCGGGACCGGGGCAGAUGCGGGACAAUGGCAGCGCGAGAAUAAUGGGUGGUGGCAUGCCCUGGAGCGCACACUACUAGACCUAGAGAACCGAUAUCUCUCUCUGGUAUCCCCAGACCGCAGUGUGGAUCUAUAUCGACAACAGCACUAUAGGACGGCCGCGGCGGAUGACGCCUUCCCCUUCUCCGACUUCCCCGAGUUAUGGUACCUGGGGCAGUUGGCCGUCGACCCGGCUCAUCAGCGCCGCGGCAUUGGCCAACACCUGGUCGAGUGGGGGCUGCAGCAGGCACGGCGGGAGCGUGUGUGUGUCGGCUUGGAGGCCGGUGUUAAGGGCGCGGGGUUGUAUCAGAAGCUCGGCUUUGAUAUAGUCAAUACGACUGAGUUGAUUCCGGGCGUGACUAUUCGGGCAAUGCUGUACACUAUAUAG